AUGAAUCUACGAAGUGGCAUUUUCUACUUGAGUGAAGCAAUGGGUAUUGCCCAACAUCAUGAUGCUGUUAGUGGAACAGAGAAACAACAUGUAGCCAAUGACUAUGCUCAACGAUUGUCUGAUGGUAUCGACCGAUCAGUGGAAGUCAUCAACGCUGCCUAUUCGAAACUAUUACCCAAAGAAGGUCAAACACCGCUCAGUAUUCCUCAGUUUCUUUGUCCGUACACAAAUAUUAGUGAAUGUCUACCUAUCGAAGGACAAGCCAAAAAUGGUCAAGAUUUUCGUACACUUUUUGUUCAAGGUUUUCCUGGCGAUCCAACUACUCCAGAAUUACCAGCAUCAGGUGCUUAUGUCUUCCGACCAUUUGUUUCAGAAGCCGUACCUGUGAGUCUUUCAGGUAGCAUAAAUUGUACGAAAACAGAUACUGUACAAAAAGCAUCGAUUGUUUUCAACGAAUGGGUUAGUCAAGAGUUCAGUCUGUUUCGUGGAGCAACAUCAGUUGAACUCGAAUGGACAGUUGGACCGAUUCCGAUUCAUGAUAACAUUGGUAAAGAGAUUAUUAUUCGUUAUAAUACUAAUAUUAAUAGUGGAUCAAAAUAUUAUACUGAUGCUAAUGGACGUGAAGUUCUCGAACGCAUUCGUGACCAUCGACCAACAUGGCCUUACUUAGUUGAUGAACGAAUUAGUGGCAAUUAUUAUCCAAUUAAUAGUCGCAUUUGGAUUCGAGAUCAUGAUCGUCAAUUAACUGUUCUUACUGAUAGAUCAGAAGGUGGCGGAAGUAUGUACGACGGUUCGAUUGAAAUUAUGGUUCAUCGUCGAAUACUGCAUGAUGAUUCAAUGGGUGUUGGUGAAGCUUUAAAUGAGACUGCCUAUGGUAAGGGUCUUGUCGUUUCCGGCAAACAUAUUCUUCUUGUUGAACGACCAGAAGAUAGUGCUCGACUACAUCGAGUCGAUGGUCAGCAGUUGUUUAUGCAUCCUCUAGCUACCUAUUCCCUGCCAAAUACACCAUCUUAUGCGAACUAUUCGAAUAUUUAUCGUCAGAGUUGGUCGGCUCUGUCGGAUACGAUGCCACUAAACGUACAUCUAUUAACAUUCGAUCAAUUAGCUUCUAAACAAUAUCUAGUGCGUGUUGAACAUUAUUUUGAAUUGAACGAAGAUGAUAUGUACUCACAACCGGUAACGAUGGAUCUUCAAACAUUGUUUAAAAGCAUUGGUACCAUUGCUGAUAUGACUGAAUUAGUAUUGAAUGCCAAUUUACCACUAUCUCAAUUGCAUCGACUCGAUUGGAUGACGAAAGAUCAAGAAUCGUCACAUGUGAAUAUGUUCCGUAAGUUAAAUUUCAUUGAUAAAGAUCUCGAAUAA